AUGACCGAAACUCAGCAGAACGCUUCAGAAAUACAGAUCAAUGUCAAAGGACCCAGCGAGCUCAAGCUCCAGAUCACCAUAUCCACAGACAAGACUGUGCUUGAUCUCAAGCAAGCAAUUGCCGACAAGUCGGAUGUUCCUGCAGAUCGCCAGAGGCUUAUCUAUUCAGGACGUGUCUUGAAGGAUGAAGACCAGCUCACUGUCUACAAGAUCCAGUCGUCACACACCAUCCACAUGGUCAAAGGCGUGUCUCGCUCGCCAGGCCAGACCUCUCAGGCCGCGCCACAACCGCUUCCAACGAUGCAGACCGGCCAGAAUCCGAACGACCCACUCACCCAGCUCAAUGGCCACCGCGCAUUCGGCGCCAUGGCAGGCUUCAACCCUUUCCCACAGAUGGGCCUCAACCCGAACGACCCCAACAUGAUGCAGGGAAUGCUCCAGAACCCCGAGUUCCUGAACCAGAUGUCCACCAUCAUGUCCGACCCGGCCGUCCUCGAGCAGGUCAUUGCGGCGAACCCGCAGCUCGCGGCGAUGGCUCCCCGGAUGCGCGAGAUGUUCCAGAGCGAGGGCUUCAGACAGAUGAUGUCAAACCCCGAGUCGCUGCGCAUGAUGCUGCAAAUGUCGAGCAUGAUGGGCGGCGGCGGCGUCGGCGGCGGCGCAGGUGGCUUCCCGAUGCCCGGCGUCCCAGGCGGCGGCAGCGGCACCGAUGCCAACACACAAGGCGGCGCUGGCUCGCCCGCCCCUCCGCCGUUCUUCAACCCUUUCCUCUUCGCACCUCCUCCGGCAGCCGGCACGAACACACAAGGAGCCGGUGCCGCUGCUAGCGAAGGUGGUGCUGGCGCUGGCGCUGGCAUGUUUGACCCGGCCGCGAUGCAGCAGAUGCUGGGCAUGCUCGGCGGAGGCGGAAUGGGCGCGUUCGGCGGUGGUGUGCCGCCCGCGUCCCCGGUGGACACGCGGCCGCCCGAGGAACGGUUCCAGGUGCAGCUGCAGCAACUGCAGGACAUGGGCUUCACGAAUGCGCAGCAGAACGUCCGUGCCCUGCUUGCGACAGGCGGGAACGUCCAUUCUGCCAUUGAGUAUAUCCUCGGUGGCGGGGGUCUGUAG